AUAUUCACUCCGACGCACAUAAAAAAGCGAAAGAUUUUGUCAUUACAACUACGGAAAAUGUCAGGAAAAAAGGGGCUUUAAAUGGAAGUAUUGAUUUUGGGAAGUGGAUAACAAAAACAAACUCAACUCCAUCGGUUUAUUUUUAACCAACUCAACUCCAUCUAUUAAAAGCAAACUUCAUUGAUUGGCCAAUACCACAAUAUAUUGCCCAUUCUUCACUCCCAUUCCUCCAUUUCACCACAAAACGCAAAGAAGGCAAUCCAUUUUCCCCGAGUAAAACGCCAAAGAAAACAAAAAAUAUGAGAGAAAUCUUGCACAUCCAAGGUGGUCAAUGUGGGAACCAGAUCGGGGCUAAGUUCUGGGAAGUCAUAUGCGACGAGCAUGGAGUUGACAACACUGGAAAAUAUAACGGUGACUCCGACCUUCAGUUGGAGCGCAUCAAUGUCUACUACAAUGAAGCCAGUGGUGGAAGGUAUGUCCCACGCGCUGUUCUCAUGGAUCUGGAGCCGGGCACUAUGGAUUCCGUCAGAUCUGGUCCUUUUGGACAAAUCUUUCGCCCCGAUAACUUCGUCUUCGGACAGUCUGGUGCUGGCAACAACUGGGCCAAGGGUCAUUACACGGAGGGAGCUGAGCUCAUUGAUUCUGUUCUUGAUGUUGUCAGGAAAGAGGCUGAGAAUUGUGAUUGCUUGCAAGGAUUUCAAGUUUGCCAUUCUUUGGGUGGUGGUACUGGAUCUGGAAUGGGAACCCUUCUUAUUUCCAAGAUCAGGGAGGAGUAUCCAGAUCGCAUGAUGUUGACAUUUUCGGUCUUCCCUUCUCCCAAGGUAUCUGAUACAGUUGUUGAGCCAUACAAUGCGACCCUUUCUGUUCAUCAGCUUGUGGAAAAUGCUGAUGAAUGUAUGGUGUUGGACAAUGAGGCUCUAUAUGAUAUCUGCUUCCGUACUCUCAAGCUUGCCACUCCAACUUUUGGUGAUCUUAACCACCUCAUAUCUGCUACCAUGAGUGGUGUGACAUGCUGUCUGCGGUUCCCUGGACAGCUAAACUCUGAUCUCCGCAAGCUGGCCGUUAACCUUAUCCCCUUCCCACGAUUACACUUCUUCAUGGUUGGAUUUGCUCCCUUGACAUCCAGAGGAUCACAGCAGUACCGGGCACUGACUGUGCCUGAACUGACUCAGCAGAUGUGGGAUGCUAAAAACAUGAUGUGUGCUGCUGACCCACGCCAUGGCCGUUACCUAACUGCCUGUGCAAUGUUCCGUGGUAAGAUGAGCACUAAGGAGGUUGAUGAGCAAAUGAUUAAUGUCCAGAAUAAGAACUCGUCGUACUUUGUGGAGUGGAUCCCUAAUAAUGUCAAGUCUAGUGUGUGUGACAUCCCACCUAAGGGUCUGAAAAUGGCAUCCACUUUCAUUGGAAAUUCGACCUCAAUUCAGGAGAUGUUUAGGAGGGUUAGUGAGCAGUUUACAGCAAUGUUCAGAAGGAAAGCUUUCUUGCACUGGUACACGGGCGAGGGAAUGGAUGAGAUGGAAUUUACUGAAGCUGAAAGUAACAUGAAUGAUUUAGUAGCUGAGUACCAGCAAUACCAGGAUGCAACUGCAGAUGACGAGUACGAGGACGAGCUGGAGGAGGAAGAAGAGGAAGUUGGAGCUUAACGGAGGAGUCUAUAGUUUUUGUUUUAAAUGGUCUGAGAUUUGAGUUGUCCUUGGAUUGAGUGUCGUUGGGUGAUAUAUUUAUGUUGUGUUGGGGUCAAAUUUAGAUUGACAACUAUAUGUAUGGAUGUCGUGGCUCUUUGUAUUUUGGAUGGGUUCUUUUCCAACUUCUAUUUGCCUUUUAAAGCUUGAUGGUGAAUGAUGGAUGUUUGUAUUUACUACAAUGCUGGGGCAGUAUAACAUUGUCAAAAUCCGAUGUGCCCAACGGAUUUCAAAUGAAUGAUUUUUCUCCGCUUAAA